CUGUUCAUCCGGAUGCGUUCGGCGUAGCUGUGGAAAAAAAGUGUCGGAAUCAUCGACCUGGCAGCCAUGAAGUACGACUCCAAUAUUCUGGUGCUGAAGGUUGGAACUUCCACCAUCAUGACCUCCGAUGCCCGUGGACAACGCGUGAAUGUAGCGAACCUAUCCAGAUUGGUGGAGGUCAUUGCGGAUUUGAGCCAUCAGGGCUACAAAGUGGUUUUGGUGACCUCAGGAGCUGUUGGUAUGGGCUGUCGAGAGCUUGGACUGAAGAAAAAGCCGACGAAUCCAGAGAUGAAACGUGCUGUCGCAGGCGUCGGACAAAGUCGUAUCAUGCGGCUCUAUUCAGAACUCUUCGAGACAGUUGGGAUGAAGAUUGCCCAGCUCCUAGUGAGUCAGCGCGAUUUCUUGGAACAGCAGCGUUGGGCAGAGAUCCGAGACACCAUUUCAGCCUGCUUGGAAGCCGGGGUCGUGCCGGUGAUCAAUGAGAAUGAUACGACGAACACAGACGGCGUGCGCUUCGGCGACAACGACAACUUGGCGGCGCUGACGGCGGUACAACUGGAAGCGGAAGGGGUUUUCCUCUUCACAGAUGUUGACUAUUUGUACACUGCAAAUCCCAAUGUGGAUCCAGCUGCUGAACCUAUGAAGGUGGUCAACGAGGCUUUCGAGUUGAAGGUGGACACUCGUGAGCCCGGCUCUGGGCUGGGCACCGGGGGCAUGUCCACCAAGAUCGCGGCCGCGCGCACGGCUCACUGUGCCGGUAUCCCUUGCGGAAUUUUGCAUGGCAGACACCCUGAGCGAAUCUAUAGUUUUUUGUCGCGACUUGACGAGGACGCUGAUUCCACUCAUUGCACCAAAACUGCCUCCCCAGUGGCCAGCGACGCCGACAGCGACGUUGCGAACGUGGCGACCGUCGCGGACUGCGACCCCGAGGGUACCCUCUUUGCGGCGCGCGAGGUGGGUGACCGGGAGCCGGUCACGGAGGAGGAACGCUGGGUGUUGAGCCUACCCUUGGUGGGAGAUGUGAAGGUGGAGUCAACAAUCAGUUCAGUGCCUGCCUCCGAUUUGAGGGAGUUGAUCCUGCAGGAGAUGUCAUCCUCUGGCGAUCUCGAGAGGAUGCAGAGCCUCUCCAGUGCUGGGCACUAUGGCGGCGUGCGCGUCUUCCACGACACCGUGGAGAUCGCACGUGUGCGAGUGACCUUCGAUGAAGAGGGUGCUUGCAGCUUGCCUCCCAGCGUGCCGGGCAUGCAGCAAGUCUUGGUGUUGACCCCUGCUGCUGAGAGCUGUUGCGACAUGUGAAGUUCCGACUGGCCAUGUGAUUAGUGGCCCUUGCACAGCCUGGUUCAUGCCGAGUUGAUUGGAACAUGUGUGGCUGAAUCAGCCAUGCAGGAAUGAUCCAGCCCAGGGCAUGAAUGAAUACUCCUCUGCAACAAACAACUAAUUCAUCAAUGUCAUCGCACACUGUCGAUGACAUUCGCGUUGUGCCGGCUUCCCCGUGGAAGUUGGAGGGCACUUUCCAAAGGAUGAAGACAUCACGUCCUCAGUUAUCCAACAGUACCCUCGUCAUCAAGACA